GGCUGGGCCCGGCCGGAUUCAAACGCGGCGCGGAGCGGGCCGGCUGCCCCCAUGGAGCCGCGGCUGGUGGGGCCCGGGCCGUACCGCGCCACCCGCCUGUGGAACGAGAUAAUCGAGCUCUUCCGUGCUGGGAUGCCCUUACGGAAGCACCGCUGUCGUUUCAAGAGCUACGAGCGUUGCUUCAAAGCCUCGGAGGCAGUGGACUGUCUGCAUGAGCUGCUUGGCUCCAACCAAAACUUUGGCCCAGAAGUGACUCGCGAUCAAACGGUUAAGUUGCUUAAAAAAUUCCUGAAAAAUCAUGUCAUCGAGGAUAUUAAAGGAAGGUGGGGCAAAGAGGACUUUGAAGAUAAUGGCCAUUUAUAUCGAUUUCCUCCUUCCUCACCACUGAAGUCAUAUCCAAAGAAACCUUCAUGUGGAAAGGAAAUAAUUAAAUUUCCAGACUGGAAUGAACCAAAGGCUGGCCCUUCUCAAGAACACAUCCCAGUGAAAUCCGUCACAAUGAACUCUGAGAUGUGGUACAAGCGACACAGCAUAGCUAUCGGGGAAGUACCAGCAUGCAAACUCGUGUUCCGCAGAGAGCUAACACAAACAAAUAUAGAGGAAAUAUGGAAAUCCAUGACUUUAUCACGACUACAAAAAGUCUUGGGUUUGGAUUCUCUGGAUGAAGUGUUAGACACAAAACUUGUGAAUUCAAAACAUAUAGUUCAAAAUGUAUAUAAUGUCAAUAAGCAAGGCAUUGUCACUUUAGAAGACAAAUCAAAGGAACUACCUCAUUGGAUAUUAUCUGCAAUGAAAUGUCUAGCAAAUUGGCCCAGCUGUUCAGAUCUGAAGCAGCCUACAUACUCAGGCUUUGAAAGAGAUGUCUUCAAAACUAUAGUGGACUACUUUGGCCAGAUGAAAGAACCUCUUCUCACAUUUCAUUUUUUUGAUAUUUUUGUUUGUGUGUUAGGACUACUGCAAAAACCCAGCAAGGCUGUAGAAGCUCUUCAGAUAUCAUGUCUCCUACUGCCACCAGAGAACAGAAGAAGACUACAGCUGUUGGUGAGAAUGAUGGCAAGAAUUAGUCUAAACCAGGAUUUGCCACCUCUUUCUGAAUCAGUGAGGACCAGAACUUUGAUGGUUCAGGCAUUUUCCCGUUGUAUUCUCUGCUCAAAGGAUGAAAUAGACUUGGAUGAACUUCUUGCUGCUAAACUAGUAUCUUUCCUCAUGGAUAAUUAUCAAGAGAUCUUAAAUGUUCCUUCUGCUUUAAAGUCUUCCAUAGAGGAUCAUGUUGUACAUCUCCAGAGAGCCCAAAUAAAAUAUGCUGGGGCUGAUAGUGAUGCAGCACCUCCUCCUCCAUCAUUUUGUCAUCAAAUCAGUACAGGUGAAUUUGAAUAUCAAAGGGCAACUGGCUCUCAAGAACCACUGGCAGCUUUGUUGGAAGAAAUUGUAAUGAAUAAAGAAAUAUCUGUGAAAGAUAAAAAGAAGAAGCUCAAGCAAUUUCAGAAAUCUUACCCUGAAGUGUACAGAGUACGAUUUCCUACCCCUGAAACUGAAGCAACGCUAUUUCCCGAAAAAACGAAACAGAAACCACCAAUACUGAUGUGGGCCUUAAAAAAGCCUUUUCAACCAUUUCACAGAACCAGAAGCUUUCGGAUGUAAAUAGUUUGAAAUGUAUCAGCAAACGAACAGAGACACUGUAUUGUCAAUGGAUUUUGUGCAAAAAGAGCCUGAGCAGCACAUGGUUACUCAAAAAAACUACUGGGGAUACUGCUAAGAUCAUAGAAAAUGUUGAAAGAAGAGGAGAGUAUUGAGGCUGUAGUAAUGUGAACCAUUAUCAGUAUUUUUGUAAAGUAUUAUUUUUUUAAAUGUUUUUUAUGUUAGAACAAGCAACAAAAAACAAUAACAAAAAACCACACACUCAAGGGGAUUAUUCUAUAUAUGAGUGAUAAUGUAUACUUGCCGUGGUUUGGUUUGACUAUCAUUUUAAGGUCUAAAUGUAUUUGUAUGUAAUGUAUUCUUUCUAACUAGUCAAUAGCUUUUUUUCCUCCCUGAAAAAGAGUGUCUUGCAUAAACUAGACUGUAUUUGUGCACAUAUAGUGUGAGGCAUUAACUUACUGUACAUGCUUGAGUAAGUAUGAACCACUGGAUUUUGCUUUCCUUUCUGUGAGAGACUGUAAUAUUAAAAGUUAAUGAUGCAACUAAUUGGCUGUUUGCAAAAGCAGCAGGUGCUUUGUUUGCAGCCCUCAACCACAGGGGUAGGGGAGUGUUUUUGGGUAUGUGGAAACCUCUAACCUGCAUAGGGAGUGGCCCAGGUGCAGACAGGAUCAGCACCCAUCACCAGAGGGAUGACCAUGACAAACCCACCUUUGUGUAGCAGCAAGCUGGGGUUUGAGACAGGUAAGGGAAAACACCUCCAAGGAGCAGACUCUGCUAUGUGGGAUGCUGGUUUAUAUCAUGCCAAUUUCCUCCAUUACACAACUGGCUCAAGUAGAAAAUUCUCUCCCAUCCUGAGAGAGCUACAGACACAUUCACACCUAGGCCUGAUGUAUUCAUCCCUUCUGCUAAGGCAGAUGUGGGUAAACUACACUGGCAUGACAACAGGGCUCGUGUCUUUGUUCCCAGACUCAUUUCUUGAGCCUGCCACCAGAGGACCGCACCUGAUCCACAGUGUCACAAGAAACGUUGUAAAACUCCUCCCUGAGGAGAAGUACCUGGGCAUUUCCACCUGAACGUGUUGAACCCAUUGAACUUUGGGUUUCAAAGAUUUCCCCUACCCGUGAUGGAUCAAAAUUGUGAUUGUCACUUCAACCACUGGACAUCUGAAUUGCAACAAUCAGGUCUCAUAGGGUGGCGAUAUCUUUCCUCUUCACUAUCUACUCUUAUCCUUUCUUUUUAUUUUCCUUAUCUAUUUUCUCAAGUGUAAUCAUUAUGAUUCUAUA